AUGUCGACCAUGCGAGCCGCGCGCUAUCAUGGCCGAAGAGAUAUCCGAGUGGAGGACAUUCCCAUUCCUCAACCUGGACCCGGGCAAUGCCUGGUCGAAGUCGAAUGGUGUGGAAUAUGUGGUAGUGACCUACACGAAUAUUUGGCAGGUCCUAUGACGGUUCCAACCGUCGAGCGGCCCAACCAGCAGACAGGCGACCACCUGCCAGUGACCCUCGGCCACGAGUUCUGCGGCCGCAUCAAGGCCGUAGGUGAAGGGGCGAAGUUCCAGCCUGGCCAAGCAGUCAUGGUAGAUGCGCAUGUGGGCUGCAGUUCAUGCCUGGCUUGUAAAUCCGGGCUGGACCAUGUCUGCGAUAAACUCACGUUCAUCGGAUACGGUGGCGACAAGCUCGGCGGAGGCCUGUCAGAGUUCGUCGCCGUCGACCAGAGCCGCUUGUAUGCUAUCCCAAAGAAUGUCAGUCUGGACUCUGCCGCGGUGAUCGAGCCCCUUGUGGUUGGACAUCAUGCCGCAAAAGUGGCUGGUACCAGCCUCGAGGGCUCGGAUGUGCUUAUCGUGGGCGGUGGACCUAUCGGGAUUGCCAUGAUAUGCGUCCUGAGAGCGCACCGGGUGUCCAAGAUCUUGCUGAGUGAACCAACAGCAAAGAGAUGGCAGUAUGCGAAGGAUGUGGUCGACAGAGUCAUUGACCCGAAGACAGAGAAGGUGGGAGAUAUCUGUCGAGAGCUGACUGGCGGCAAGGGCGUCGAUGUUGUCUUUGACUGUGCUGGUGUUCAGCCUGGCUUAGAUGCUGGCCUUGAUGCCUUGAAGCGUGGCGGGACUUGGGUGGAUCUAGCUCUGUGGGAGAAACCGCUCGUAGUAGAUUUCUGGCCAUUCUUUCUGAAGGAAAUCAAAAUAUUGAGCUCCUGUUGUUACAACAGACAGGAUUUCGCCGAGGUCAUGGAAUUGAUGGGCAAAGAUGAAUUCAAGGGAUAUGAACAGAUGGUUACCUCUCGUAUCUCGCUUGAGGAUGUCGUUGCAAAAGGGUUCGACGAGUUGAUCAACAAUAAGGAUGAUCAUAUCAAGAUCCUGAUUUCCCCUAAGCUGAAAUGA